AUUACGCGCUGACCCGAACGCUCACAUCCGCAGCACAGACAUUCAAAGCUUCAUCUCCGGCAUUAUAUCCAAACACAGACACGGCGGGUCAGUUUUAGAGCGAGCUCAAGAUCAAACUAAAUGGACUGAGAGUCGGAUAACGGAGAGAGAGAGCGCGAGCGCAUCUGUGAAACCGCACGGGAAAGGCUGAUGGAUGGAGUGAGGGAUCAGUAUGAGGAACAAUUGAAAGAGGUUUUUGAGAGUUUUGAUGGCAGUGGUUUGGGCUCUCUGUGUCCUGAGGAACUGACCGAUCUCUGCCGCACCCUUCAACUGGAGGAGAACACGCUGAACACACUUGUACACGCAUUACUGCAGGACCAGCUCAGUGAACGGGUGGAUUUUGAGCAGUUUAAAGACGCUCUGAUUCUUGUGUUAUCGAGCACCAACACCAAUGAUCCACAGGAAUGUCCUGAACGACCAGAUUCCCCAGAAGUCCAGCCACGCUUUGUGAAGGGCAGUAAACGUUAUGGCCGCCGUUCUGCUCCAGAGUUCAUACACACAGAUCCAUACACACAGGCUGAAGAUGAGAAGGAUGAAGAUGCUCAAGACACUGAUGACAGGACUGUACCCAGGAAACGUGAGCGCUGGAACGCUGACGUUAGCAUUUCUGAAGAGUUUGAGGCAGAAGGUCAGCUGCACCUUUGGAACCCUGAUGAACCCAGCACACCAUGUAGCAAUGUAGUGCCACUCUGUGACUUGGAGGAACGUUUCCAGAAUGCUUGCCGUGAGCUCUCUCUACCAAUGAAUGGCAUGGCCACAUUGCAACAGCUACACACACUCUGCCAGCACACAGGCAUAGAGGUGGGUGAGGAUCUGUACCAGUGUGCUGAUGAAAGCAUGAUGGACGUGCAGGAGUUUGUGUCAUACAUUAUAAACCACAGCAAACCACCCACACCAUCAGUUUCUACACCCUACAGACAAUUAAAGAGACUCCACUUAACUCAGUUUGACGAAACUGGCCGUAGGGUCUCAUGUGCAUUGAGCAGUACAAUCGGUCUGCAGCUGUUUUCAGUUUUGGAUGAUGGAUCAGGUCAUGCUCCUACUGAAACUCUGCUCUACAGGUGGAUGGAAGGAGGAGUAGACAACAGCUCUGAGAUCCUGCAGGCUCUGGAUUUUAAUCUGGAAGGCAAAGUGAAUCUAUCAGAGCUGACUCUUGCUCUAGAGAAUGAACUACUGAGCUCUAAGAACGCAAUCCACCAGGCGGCGUUAGUGAGCUUUAAGGCAGAAAUCAGACAUCUGCUUGAGUGUGUUGACCUGGAAAGAUGUGAGAAGGAGAGAAUUCGCUCUGAUCUGGACAAAGCAGAGAAGCUCAAGUCUCAGCUGGCAUCUGAAGUGGAUGACCACCAUGCUGCUAUUGAGCGCAAUAAUGAACUCAAUCUCAGGAAGUUGGAGCAGGAAUAUAAAGAGAGUAUGACAGCUCUGAGGGCAGAGCUAAGUAAAGAGGUGGAGCUUGUGCAGCAACAGUCCAAUCAGCAACGAGAAGAACUGGAACAGGAAAUUGGCAAGAUGCGAGAUGAUGAAAAUGUCCUACGAGAACACCUAAUGCUCACCAUGAAAGAGAACGGCCGUCUGGAAACUGAACUUCUCGAGAGCACAGAGAAACUGGUGGAGGCUGAAAACCAGAUUAACAAACUACAGAAAAACCUGGAUGCAGUUUUGAAAGAUAGGUUUGGUGAUUUGGAUCCAGACAGUGCCGAGUUCUACCAGCAAGAGGACCGUCUGAGACAGCUACGUAGGAACUAUGAGGAGCAGUGUAGGGAGUUACAGGAUCAUAUAGAUGAGUUGGAAACUCAGUUGGAGGAAUAUCAAACUUUAGGCAGCAUUACCUCAACACGUCCUGAACAGAGUCUUUCCGAGGAACUGGCCAGAAAGAGCCCAGACACAGGUUUAGGUUCUCAGAAGCAGCAGACAUUAAACAUGACUUUGGAGACGGAGAUGCUACUGGAGCAACACCAAAGAGAGAUAGAAAACAUCAGGGCCAUGAUACAAGAAGAACAACACAGUGCAGAGGAGGAGAGGAGUUGUCUUUCCCUGCAGCACCAACAGGAGGUGCAGAUUUUGAGGGAGGAGAUGGCAAGAGCGCUAGAACGAGCAAACAGGCUGCAGCUGGAAGUGUCUGCACUCCACACUCUCCAUCAGCAGGAGCUCAGCUCUCUCAUGCAAGAGUUGCAGGACACUAGGAGCCGUGCAGAGCAGCUGAAGGAGCAGGUGGGAGUUCUGGAGGAGAAACAGACUGCUUAUGAGGAGCAUAGCAAAGCACAUGCAGAGGAGAUCAGCGUGAUGGAAUUUAAGUACCAGAAGGCGCUAGUGGCAAGUCUGCAGGAGCAGAGAGACAGACUGCAGGAAGAAAGGGAAAAGGAAGAGAGGAGGCUCACGGAGCAGUGGAAACAAGAGCUGGAACAUUUGCAGAGGAGCCAUAAGGAGGUUCUUAGUGCUCAGCUUGAGGAGGUGCAGCAGAAAACCGAAUGGGAGUGUGUGGAGCUGGAGAAGAGGCUAAGGGAGGAGUGGGAACAGGAAAGGGAGAAGUUAGAGGAGGUCAGUAAGGAGGCACUACAGGCCAUACUGGAGGAGAGGAGCGAGAGAGAGAGAAGGCUCAGGGAGCAGCAGGAUGAGGAGCAUGCUUUAUUGGAGAAGCAGCAUCAUGCUGUUCUCCUACAGCAUUUAGAGGAGGAGCGGGAACACUUCCGUGCACAGCAGGAGGAGAACAAGAGCAUCAUGAUGGAGCACUGGUGUACAGAGAGAUCUCAGCUGGAGAAACAAAGUGAGGAGGCACUGCAGGCCAGUUUAAAACAGGAAAGAGAGCGACUGCAAGCAGAGAGAGAAGAGGAAGAGAGGAGGUGGCAGCAUGUACUAAAUGAAGAGCAAAACCGGAUGGAGGAGACACACAGGAAGGCCAUGCAGGAGCUAAGUGCCAAACACUGCAAAGAGAGAGAGAGACUCAGCAGCCUUCUUGAAAAAUUGCGCACUGACAUUGCAGAAGAGAGGAGUGAAGUGUGUCGUCUGGCGAAAGAAAACCUCAUUCUAAAGCACAAGAUCUCAACCGUCAGAGAGGAGGACCUGAGAGAGAACCAGGAGAACUUUCGUCUUCAGCACAUCAAUCAGGGGAAGAGAACGGCACAAGCUUUUCAUAGACAGCUCUCAGAGCCACGCCGUCUUGGGCAGCAGCUGGAGGAGGAUAAUAUUUUAUUACAACAGACUGCAGAGCAUUUCUUUCGACAUACUGGCCAGGAAGUGAUGCGUCACCAUGACCAAAGCCCAGGCAAUGAGAUGAAUGGGUUCCAGUUGUUUGAUCGGGAUGAUUUUGUAUCCAGAACAGAGAAGGAACUGCUUAGAGCAGAACUGCAUCGCUGUAUAGAAAAGGUGAUGUCAUUGGACUCCUCUUUACAGACGCUCACUCAGCAGAACGCUCGUCUCAAAUCUGACCUACGCAUCACACAACAGGAAAGAGAUGCCCUCAAACAGGAAGUGAUUUCACUCCACAAACAAAUGCAAUCUGCUAAUGAGAAGUUGUUGAAGGUCUCUGUUGUGUCUGCUGGUCAGCAGCAGGGAAGGCGUGUGUGGGCGGAACUUUCAUGCCUUAUGGAGGCGGAGCAUGACUCAUUAACAGCUGAGAACCAGCAACUAAAGCGACAAAUUAGUGAGAUUUGCUCAGAGCUCCAAACAGCAAAGGACCAGAUUCGUCAGCUAGAGGUGUUGAGUAUGAAACAUAGAGGGCUGGUGAAAACUGCAGAUCAAGAAAAAUCAGCCUUGAAACGUGAAAUGGAGUCUCUUCACGCACAGCUGCUGUCAGCACGGAACAAGGCUCAGCUGGCUGCAGUCUUGCCCUCAUCUCCUCUACAGUUGCCAGGGGAACAGAGGAGACAGCACCAUGGUGACGGCCCCAACUUCAACAUGAAGGAUGAGCGGGAGGUGGUGCUUUUACAGAUGGAGGAGAGAAUGAGUGAGGUGGAGCUCAUGCUAAGAAACCUCAAACUGUUGCUACAGGAGAAAGUCUCUCAGCUGAAAGAACAGUUGACUAGAAACGGUGAAGCUGAUGUGUUAAUUAAAGACCUGUAUGUGGAGAACGCUCAGCUGCUGAAGGCCCUGGAGAAAACAGAGCAACGUCAGAAAGUAGUAGAGAAGAAGAACUUCCUCCUGGAGGAGAAAAUUUCCAGUCUCAACAAGAUUGUCCGUGACCUUGGCCCUUCUCCGCUGACCCCUACACCCUACCACUUUACACACUCGUGAUUUGACACGUAAUUUUACAAUUGCACAAACUCACGCAAUGAACUACUUCAACUGUGUACAUGUAAACCCUAAAUUUUACAUUUAAAUUAAUGUCCAAUGUUUAGAAUGCCAGAAAGGCAUUCACACUUGUAUGUUUGGGAGGUGAUUUGCAUGAAAGCAACAAGAUGGUUCAUUGUUGUAUUGCAUUAUGACAACUGCCUUUGCAGGUAAAAAACCCGAAAGAAAUCUAAAUGAUCUGACUACUUGUAAUGGCUCUUGCACAACAUAGCACAGAGCAUUAAAGAAAAGCAUAAAAGCAGUUCAUUUGACCUGUGCACUAUAUUUGGAUUCUUUUGAAGUCAUACAAUAUCUUUGUGUAAGGAAUGGACCGAAAUGGGAGUCAUUAUUUGCACACAAUAAACUCUCCUCUUCCAUACCUCACAAUUCUAAUUCCUGCUCAAUUUUAUAUCUGGGUGAACUAUUCCUUAAAGUUCAGCAAAAUGUUUUGAUUGUUUGCUUUAUAAUUUGAUUUGGACUAUGCCAGAUUAUUACUGGUGAGUCUAACUACAGUUGGAAAGUAUUUCUAUCCAAAAUGGUGAAAUUCCUUGAAGCUUGUCCUACAGGCAGCUGAGGCUGGGUUCACUUACACAUCCAGCCACCUAUCAUUUCUUAGUUUUCAUUGAAAUGCAAAUCAGUUUGGUCAGUCUCUGCAUUUGAGAGAUGGGAAGUAAAAAAACAGUGUCUCAAUAUUUAUUCUGUUCGUUUUUGUUAGUGAUUUUUUUUUUUCUCUCUCUUCUGGAAUUGUUUGUAUAAUAUUAUUUACUUCAUAAUUUAAGGGAUCGUUCACCCAAAAAUUAAAAUUAUAUCAUGCCAUCUGAGAUGUGUAGGACUUUUCAUUUGCUCAACUCAAAGAUUUUUAUAAAAAAAAUAUAUAUAUAUAUUAUAGAUAUUUUUAAGCGCCAUAAAGACAGCAUGAAAUGAAUCCACAUGACUCCAGUGGUUAAACCGUGUCUUCAGAAGUGAUUUGAUAGGUGUGUGUGAGAAACAGUUCAAUAUUCAUGUCCAUUUUUACCAUAAAUUCUCCUUCCUGCCCAGAAGGUGGCGAUAUGCACGAUUCAAAGUAUGCAAAUCACCUAAAACAACAGAGGAAAGUAAAAGGGGAGAUUGAUGGUAAAUAAAAAGGACUUAGAUAUUGAUCUGUUUCUCACCCACACUCACUUCUGAAGAUAUGGAUUUAACCCCUGGAGUUUUAUUGAUUACUUUUAUGCUGCCUUUAUGUCCUUUUUGGAGCUUCAAAAUGUUGGUACUCUUGCCUUGUGAGGACCUACAGAGCUGAAAUAUUCUCUUAAAAAUAUUUGUGUUGAGCAGAAGAAAGAAAGUCAAACACAUCUGUGAUGGCAUGAGGGUGAUGAGACGAUUUUCAUUUUUGGGCGAACUAUACCUUUAAGUAAUUUGUGGUGCAAAUUCUUACAUCAAAUCAAGUUUCAGCAGGAUCUUGUACUGUUUAUUUAUUUUAUCUACCUAUGCAUCAUAUAAUAUACUGUAAUCACGUAUUAUGAGCACUGUGAAUAUGAACAAUAGGGAGCCUAUUAAAAUAUUUAUGUGGACUGAAAGAAUCUCAAGAGUCGUCAGCAUCAUGGUAACAACAGUAGGCCUAUAAUUUGUGUGCGGAGAGGAAAAUUACUAGUUAUGGAGUUUCAUUUCAGUCGUCUCCCAGCGAGUGCUCGUUUUAUGAGUUUGGAUACUUACGCAUAAAGUAUUACAGGCAUUCGAACAUUUUUAAAUUGUUUUGAAAUGUGUGUCCUUGAAUUGUAACAGCCUUAGGUGAAGUAAGCUAUGCUUUACUACUGUUUGUAAUGGAAAUUACUUUUAUCUUAAAGUGAACACUCAGUUGUAAGCAAAUAUAAAAGACCUUUUAU